AUGUCUUCUGCCCACGGAUCUCAAGUUGAAGUGACACCCUUACCCCAGGGUGCUCAAUCCGAUGCUAAUUUUGGUGCUACAAUCACUGGUGUCGAUUUAAACAAUUUGAGUGAUGAAGAUUUUCAAAUCGUCCGCAAUGCCAUCUACACCCAUAAAGUGGUGGUAGUCAAAGGCCAAGAUGAUCUGGUUCCCCUCAAGCAAUUCGAGUUUGUGCACCGUCUGGAUCCAGAUGCAGAGGGUGUGCAUGGCUUCGACACCAAGGAUGUAACCGAUGAGACUAUUGGAGUGCUUGGUUCGAGAUUCAACACAAUCCCCGGUUCGGUGGGUGUCACCAUAGUGGGCCAAGGAUAUCAAGGGGAUGACCACUAUGGACUGAAAGGCAUCACCGCCAGGUCGACUACACACUUCAAUGCUCAUGUAGAGCCCCUCACCACAGAGGAUGUUGAGAAUGGCCAAACAAGGUUUGGUGCUUUUCAUUUCGAUGGCGUGAUAUAUGGAUCCAAUCCUUCACGAGUCACGACACUCCGCUGCGUCAGGGCGCCGAAAGGCCCCGAUCUGACCAUUCGGUGGGAUGACGGCUCUGGACAGACAAUGACAGCAAAGCCAGGAUUGACCGCAUUCAUUGAUAGUGCGCAGAUGUAUGAAAUGCUGACAGACGGGGAGAAAACCACUGCAGACAAUAGCUACUGGGCACCAGCUCCUCAGCCUUACGUCUGGUCGGGUACUCGCAAAAUCCGAAACAGCGGGCUGGGCAUGGCCCCCGGGGGAGAAACUGUGCCACUGGAUAAACUUCCGACCUGGGUACCGGAAAAGGUUUUUAAGUUUCCGAUGGUUUGGGUCAAUCCAGUGACUGGCACCCGGUCUUUCCAAAUCCUCCCCGACGUUGUUCAAAAACUAUACUUGAAAUCCGGACCGAAUGCAGAAGAACUUGUCGUGGAAGACAAUGAGGAAGUUCGCAUCUGGCUGAACAAUAUUCUUGAUCGAAUUUGCAAACCUCAGAAUAUCCUGAUUCCCGAGUAUGACGAAGGAGAUGUUGUGAUGUUCAACAAUUGGGAAGUAUUGCAUAGCUCAAUUGAUUACCCAGCCUCUUACGGAGUCCGUACAAUGCAUCAAUGCCAUAUCCCUUCCUCAACAUUCCCUGUCGGUCCAAUUGGGGUUUGA